CCUGGCUCACAAAAGUUGAAAGCAACCAACUGGGUAGGCAGGCAGUCCCCCAUUGGCCUUCUCUUCUCAACCCAUUGUAGAAACAAACCCUAAGUUUGGAGAAUAGAAAAAGAAAAUACUAAAAAAGCUAUAAAGUUAACUUAGAAAACCCAACAAAUCUUAAGCUCCUCUUGGUCCCCCCCCCUCCCCUUCCCCCCAUUGGAGCUCCUCACAUACUUGAUACUUCCUCACUACUGAGCUAUUCUGCUUAAUAUGCACAGCCUCAGCUUGUACUAGCUACUUCAUUGAUUGUAAAUGCUGCAAUCCUUGUCAGUGAAUGAGUGGCUGGAAAGAGCUAACUCUUCUUCUUUUGCUGUGAUUGUCUUGGAAACAGAAGCUUUAAAGGUUGGGGAGAUCAGGUGUGCGGAGAAGUAGAAGAAAUCUAGAAGUGAGAGUUUGUAUGGACUGGCACUUGAAAGCACCUUGGGGUUUGACAGAACUAGAACAAGAAACAUUUCCCAACACACAAACGGUAGGCGGGUCAAGUAGCUUUGGUGGUCACAGGACCAGUAAAGUGGAGUUUUCAGUAGAUUUGAAGCUUGGUCAGUUGGGUAAUUCGGCCAACGAGCUACUGAAUAAAUGGAAGGAGCCCGAAGUCUCAAAAAUAUCAUCUCCAGCUUCUGGGUCAUCAAAGAGAGCAAGAGCAGCUAACAAUGGUAAUCAGCCAGUGUCAUGCCUAGUUGAUGGGUGCACUUCAGACCUCAAUAAUUGUAGGGACUACCAUAGGCGCCACAAGGUCUGUGAGCUCCAUUCGAAGACUCCGCAAGUAACCAUUUGUGGCCAUAAGCAACGGUUCUGCCAGCAGUGCAGCAGGUUCCAUUCGCUGGAGGAAUUCGAUGAGGGAAAGAGAAGCUGUAGAAAACGUCUUGAUGGACACAAUCGAAGGCGGAGAAAGCCUCAGCCAGAACCCCUGUCUCGAUCUGGCAACUUCUUGUCCAAUUACCAAGGCAUCCAGUUGAUACCAUUCUCCAGUUCACAUGUAUAUCCCUCCACCACCAUGGUGAGCCCAGCCUGGGCUGGAGUUCUCAAUACUGCAGCAGAUGCCAGACUUCAAAACCAGCAGCAACAAUUAUGGCUACUAGAUAAAGAAAAACAUUUUCUUGGAUCCUCCCCCAGUACUUACAGCACCAAUCAUCUUGGAGGGAAGCAAAUGUCUUUCUUGCAGGGUGGCAGCACCUUGCUAAACCACCAUUCAUCCCUUGAAGCUCCUGUCUGCCAGCCACUUCUGAAGACUAUUGCUUUAUCAGAAAGUGGUGGGGCUAGGAGCAAAAUGUUUGGUGACAGGCUAACGACACAAGUCCAUGAUUCAGAUUGUGCUCUCUCUCUUCUGUCAUCACCUCAGGCACAAUCAUCUGGGCUUGCUUUGAACCGCGAAGUGCAUCCUAACUCAGUCUCCCUGGUGCAGCCCCUAGGCUCAAGUUUACAUGGAAACAGCUUAGACCCCAUGAAUUCAGUUCUGAUGUCCAGUGGCAGUGACAGUAAGGUUCAUUGCCGUGGAAGGUUUCACAUGGGAUCUGAGGAAUCACAAGUGAAUGAAACCCCUCAAACAUUUCCCUUCAAUUGGGAGUAAAGACAUUAUUCUGAUUUUACCUUCUUGCAAUAUGAUUCUGGAUGCUUUUGUGGUCGAUCAAUUGCAGGUCUCUUCUCUCUAAAUGUUAGAUGUUUGUUUAUUAAAUUCCUUUGAUCCGUGAAAGUAAUUAUACUAUCCUUAUGUUUAUGUGAGUAAAUACCAUGGCUCUGCGUUUUGAUGCUGAGCUGAUUGUGUGGAAA